CGCAUCACCCGCGCCAUCUCCCCCCGCUGCACGACUCCACGCGCCUCUCCCGCUCUUCUGCUCCUGUCGGUCCCGAUCGCGCGAUAGGACUCUGCCAAGAUGACCAGCACAAUCGGCAUCCCGAUCAAGCUCCUCAACGAGGCCGCCGGCCAUGUUGUCACGCUCGAGAUCACCUCCGGCCAGGUCUACCGUGGCAAGCUCCUUGAAGCCGAGGACAACAUGAACGUCCAGCUCAAGGACAUCACCGUCACUGCUCGCGACGGUCGCGUUUCCCACUUGGACCAGGUCUACAUUCGCGGCUCCCACGUCCGCUUCUUCAUCGUUCCCGACAUGCUGAGGAACGCGCCCAUGUUCCGGUCGAGAGGUAUCCGUGGCCGCGGUGUCGGUCUGGCCAGAGGUAGGGCCACGGUCAACAGGGCCCGCGGCACGAGGGGCGGCAGGUGAAAGGAUUGAAAACGAAGCACGAUACCAAUAUCAAAAGAACAGCCAAACCAUAAGCAUGAAUGUUAGACCCUUGGUCCUUUGGGGAAGAGCGACAUGGGCAGCGGGACUGAGCUUUGAGGCAAUAAGUAAUGCUUUGAGGGGCAUUGGGGGACAAGUGGGCGUUUAGGCGACUUCACGGCCUGCAAAAGCAACUAUUAGACACACGCUGCCAGCACACGAUCUGAAGCUGGAACGAAGUUAAAAGAGAAAGAAAAUGUGACCCCCGAGCCGGGACUUC